CCAUUAGGAAGAAGAACCUGACCCAAUCAACACGAGACGAUUCUGUAGUAGGUUGGAAACGUGUUGUUUGUUGUUCAAACAAAAAUAAUCAAGCACCGUAAUGAGCGCGUACGGUAUGAAGCUAAUGAAAAAAACAUAUCCUUACCCAGCGUCUGUGCGUUGUCAAAAGUGUUUGGAAAUGGGUCACUGGAGUUAUGAGUGCAAAGGCAAGAGGAAAUACGUUCACAGAUCUUCACGAACUACGCAAUUAAAAAAGGCAAUAAAACAGCAAGAGGUGGAAAAAUUGGAGCCAGAGAUGACCAGUGAAACUGUGAAACAGAAAAAAAAAAUUAGAAAGGAAUCAAGUAGUACAAGUGAUUCAGAUAGCUCAAGCACAGAUAGUAGCAGUUCAGACAGUUCUUCCUCCGAUGAUUCGGAUUCCAGUGACAGCUCAUCUAGCUCGAGUAGUAGCAGUGGUAGUAGUGGCAGCACCUCAUCCAGUUCAUCAAGCAGAGAUUCUAGUUCCAGCGAAGGUACCAAAUCCAGCAAAGCAAAAAAAACGAAAAAAUGUAAGUUUAAAUUAGUACAUACGUUCAAAUUAGUACCUACUCCUGUUGUAACAUAGGAAUGAGUUCAUUCAUCAUUCUAUAUUGCGAAGUCAUUCAAAUUAUUCUAAUAUUCCAAUGAAGAGGACAUGUUUUCUUGUUAUAGAAUGAAAAAAAAUGAAGUUUUUGGAUAAACAAAUCAAGCCUUGUGCAAAAGGAGUGACGAGUAGCAAAGUAGAAAUGCGUCAAAAGGUUCCAUUUACAUUUUUAAAUGUAUGGAAUCUCAUAUCAUCGACAAUCUAUUUUUUAUCACUUUUUUUACCAUUGAAUAACUUCAUAGUUAUUUUACUACUAUUAAUGUAUUACUUAAGGACUUAAAUAUAAUAAUGCUAUGUCAACUAAUCAUAAGGAAAAAAAGUAUAUUUAAAUGAGUAAAUUUGAAAUAUUUGCUAUCUGCACUAUUAUUAUUUAUUUAAAUUCCAAAUUUCUAAUAGACAUUUAUUUAUUUUCCAUAUGACCAUUAGGCUUCUUUGUUUGGUUAAUAACGUGACUGUCAACAGAACAUUUUCAUACCAUGCCAUCAUUAUAGUUGGUCAAAAGCCUGUUAGUAUGUGCCCGAAGACAUUCAAGAAUCUCGAAACUUACAAGGCUGUAGAUACUAAUUGGUGAUACAAACUAUAAUAUUUGUCAUGAACUAGGGGCUUUGCUCCUGCUUGCAUCGCGUAUCGUUCUAUUGUGGAAGAUGGAUAGUUCGUAAAUGUACUCGUCAAAUUGUAUCGUGAGCAGUCUGGCAAUAUGAAAAUUGUAGCCUACCAUCCCCACCAUUACUCUACUGAAUUUACCAAGGAAAACCCAGCUGAAACGAGGAUGGAGAUGAAUGAAUAAAUUACCAAUGUUGUUUAUUUCUCAGUCCCCUGGAGCAAUGGGGUGAUAAGACAGAGCCUGCGUUAGUUUGAUAAUCAUAAAAAUGAUAUUGGUGACAACCCAUUAAAAAUCAGUCUAGUAGUUUUUUAUUUAUACUGCACACAUAUGCAGCUGUCUCAUUAUCAUACUAAUAUUAGCACAACAUUGUUCAUUUCUUGAAAAUGUUAUGAGAUCCCGUUUAUGCAGCAUGAAAAUACAAUUCCUUUUAUAUACAUAUUAUAUAAUGGGAUAAUUUUUCUCCAAUUCUUCGUUAAAAUAUAUUCUAUACAAAAGAUUAUUGUUAGUCUCUUAGCCAAGCGUAAUCUUAUCUUGGGUUCCGAUUUUCGAAUCUAAAAGCUAUUAUGUAUAUUGGUCAGCAGCUACUUCAUAGAAUCAGCCAUGUAGGAUCCUAUAUAAUAACCAUACCAAAAUAUCAUGUAAAUAUAUGGCAUACAGAGAGCUACAGGGACUCAUCAGACAAGAUACUAUUGAAAUCCAUACAUCUGUUUGUAAAAUAUUACAACUCACUAAUGAUUUGCAAAGAAUGUAUAUUAUUUUUUCAUGAUCUUAAGCAUUGUUCAAACUGAUCUGUUACACAUACCAAAUCAAUCAGUAACGAGUUCAGCAUUUUCGUUGAAAGAUUGAUAAUCAAAUAUUUCAACAGUUUCAGUUGCACAUGCAUUUUUCAAGACAAAAAAAUGGUUUGUGAAAAAAAUAUAUCACAACUCUUGGGAAGUUGUAAUAUUCCGAGUGACUUUACAUGACCUGACUAUACCAGAAGUUUCCUACAAUGCCUCAUCCAAUAUCCUUGUUAUGUUAAUGGCGAAAGUUUAUGGUUUGGCAGGUGUCAAACAGAUUAAGAAAUUCUUGCAGAUAAUCGGUACAUGCAUUACUUCAAAGUACCGUUGUUUUGGUAAAAAUCGUAGUUUCAAACAAGUUCAUGUAAACAAAGCUCCAUUAAUUUUAUGAUGAAGAAUAUUGAUGUCUUCGAUAUCUCGGUGUUUCGGUAUUUCAGUAUCAGUAUUGCAAGAUCAUGCUGAUGCCGUUAUAUUGUGCAAAGAAAUUACCAAACAAUCUUCGGUAUACCUUUUUCCAUAUGAUGUCAACUGACCAGAAGUCACAGCAUGAUGGGUGUCCACCAGGGAUCGACAAUGGUGUUCUCUUGGCAGUGAGGAAAGGCUACAGAUACAUUGAAGAGCUACCACCAUAAGCCUAUUCUCCAUCCAGAUGUAGCCAAAUAUAUUGAGUUGAUAUUUAGAGAUCUAAUUGUGACAGUUACAAUGCUAUGACAGAAGAUACACACCAAAUUCAAACGGGAGCUUCAACAACGUACUUUGGUAAUAGCACCCAAGAUCAACCAUAGCAGUUCACACAUUGGAAACAUUGCCGCUAACACAGCGACAUGAAUUUUUAACUCCGGAACCAAAUCAAAAGGAAAGCUGAUUGGUACUGCGAAGUAGACGAUGAGGAGCACAUUCAUAUCAACCAAAUUGAAACUAAACAGGCGAUCCGUGAAGAGGAAUUCAGUGUAAAUAGGUAAGAAUUGAUGCUGGAAUAGUACUUUAUGACCCUGGAAUCACUGACGGUAAAUUGAAGAAAAAAAAUAUAUCUUGCACAUAAUUUCUUGGCCAAACGUUGAACUCAGUUAUCUUAAAACAUCAAUUUGGAAGUUGAUUCUCAAAAUAUUUCGAAAAUGGUUCGACCGAUUUGCUGCAAUUUUUAUACAAUUUUUUGUGACAUUUUUUCUUAUUCACACGGGAGAAUUUUUUUCAAAACCCUGAAGGUCGAAAAUUAUAGACGACGAACGAACAUCAUGUUCGAACUGUCGGCAUUUCUGUAAAAAUAAGUUUCAGGAUAGAAAUCUACCAUCACGGACUACUCUAUGUAUUAUAUUUUAAGAUUCCCUUUGAAUUCUGUGUUUCAGAUGAACCGGCUGCACGGAUUCCUGGGUCCAUGAGGAAUACGUUUUACGCUGGACAAGAUAACAGUGAUUCCAGAAAAUGGGUUCCUGUAAAAAAAAAAAAAAUUUAUACAUGCACCUGCAUGUAUACGGCUUUCAAAUGAAAAAAUCUGAUUCAAAUGGAAUUAUUAGCUUAUGAGAUAAACAUUCCCGAAAUUGCUCUUGCGGUCUACUGGUACAUUACCCCUUGAUAAUCUCCAUCAGUCUCCAGUAAAAAUACUUCUUUUAUAUCAAAAUUAUAGCAGUGUUAUAGAUAGCAAAAAUAACUCUGUAUUAAUUACUACGCGUUGAUGGGAUGAUAAUAAAUUCAAUUCUUGAACAUCAUAAUGCUACAAUA